GCCCUUGAAACUUUGGCACACGUCAACUGUAUAACCCCAAGUGCCAGCGCUGUCGCGUAUGUCAACCUCACGGAGACGCGCACAUGCCGCUAUGAGUCAAGACACAAUACGAGGAAAUCCCCAAGGCCGAGAAAACGACGAGAGGCCCCUUUAAAUCGACGCUUCCUCGGUGUUGUGCCAGAAGAGAGAGAGCUCAGAUAAACAACAACACAGUUCUCAGAAGCCGCUUUUACCGGAUUCAGCUCAUAACUGCGGCGUCGGUGAAGAAGAGGCAGCGAGGACUUUCUCUCUGUUAUUUCCAACAUUUUGUCGUCUGUUGUCCAUACAUUCAUUGUUGAAUGCCAUUGCGGAAGUAAGAAGCUUUCCGACACGACACAAAGCUUGGACUGUACGGACAUCUAGCGGCCAAUUAGGAGAAGGCGCCCUGCAGAGAGAUGUACGGAGCUUCAGGUAUCCCCGAGCUCAUUCCGCCCAGCGGGCCGCCACGGCAGCCCGGCCCCGCGGGGCAGUACAACCCGGGACACCCCCAGGUCAACGGCCACGGCGGCGGGCCCAAUCCUCAGAGACUUGGACAGAGGGCACCCAAACUGGGUCAGAUUGGUCGGUCCAAGAAAGUGGACCUGGACGACGAAGACCUGGAUGACAUCAUGAACAACAACGGGCAGUGUCCUGUUUCCCUGUCGCCCAUUUCCUAAACUUCACCAUGAAGUGCCAAAAAAAAAAAAAGAAAAGAAAAGAAAGAAAUGAAAAGAAAAAAGAAAUCCCCCGGGACGCCAAACCUCCACGUCAGUGAUCUUGGCCUUGAUCCUGUCAAGUGUCCUAUUGAAGCAUCUGAUGGCUCAACAAGGCACAAAAAAACGGCUCAUUUAGCGCCCGCUGAAGCCUAGGCCCUGAUUGUAUAUAGUGUUUAUUUAACUUAACUUUGGUCAGACUGUGAAUGAAUUGUAUUGCAUCGCCCUCUACUCUAUACCUCGGUAGGUGGUAGACUAUCAGGACUUGAGAAGGGAUUUGGAGAACGUGUCUAUAUUUUUCAGAGCUUCUUAACAAGGGCUACAUUUCUAAAAGUUGCACUGAGCAGAUGUUUUAGGUGAAAGGCAGCCUCUCAGCUGCCUGCGCGCCGCCGAGGGUUACUGAUUGCCUGUGGGGUGUUUGUGGGAGAGAACACAAAGCCUGUUAAUGUGUAUCACACAGGUAAAAUAUUAAGCUUUGGUUGUGCAAUGACUAUCGUUCUCUACUCUCACACUGAUGCAAGUGGUGUACUAUUAUCCAGUGGAUGAAAGCUCGCUAUUUACUGAUUUAAAAAAAAAAAAAACAACUACUGCUAAUUAUUUAUUGUUUAAAACAAAAUGAGACACUUUGUUGUGUUGUUAUGGCUUCUUACAUGGUUUUUACUUGUUUCUGAAUGGAUAUUGCUUCCAUCAUCUAUAACUGAGAUUUAUUAUGUUUCCUAAUGGUGCACUUUUGUGGGAAUGCCUGUUAUGUGCAGUGACAUGUUGCAGAAUUCUAUGCAUGGAGUCUGUUAAAGCAUCAGAACACGUAACUGGUAUCCUGUUAUUAAGGGCUAUGUAGUAGUAUUUCAGACCACACCACCGUUGUUUUUUUGCUCUUUAGAUCAUGCGGAGUCGGCGCUUUUCUGAGCUCAUUGUUGGCUUGAGCUGCAGACUCAGCAGUAAAAUAUCAAAAACAACAACAACACAUUUGCGACGGAGGCUUUGUUUGUUUUGCAGAGGCAGGGUUUCCCAGUUGGCCACACAACUGUGAUAAAAGACAAGGACCUAAAGUUCUAAAUGUUUUGAAUAAGAAAAAAAAAAAUUGCCAAAUUAUUAUUUAAUGCUACAUCGGACUGAUCAUCAAAAUACACAGCAGUAAUACUGCUUCUUAAGCUACACCCAGGUGGCAUCAUAGUGUCUUUCAGGUUCAGGUUGACUGUUUAAAGAUAAUGUCAACCUUUCCUUUACAAUUACAGUAUGAGGUAAUGAAAACAAGCAGCCUAUGAUUGUGUCUUAUUGCUGAGACAAUCUUAACACUGAUGGAGUUUUUUUUUGUUUUGGGCGGGGUGGGGUUUAAAGACUGUGGUGGGCAUUGGGAUGACAUAAUGUCUAUAAAGGCUCAUGCUGAUGUCAUGUUACUUAGUUGGCUGUGAAAUUAGUUAUUAGUUCACUUUAGUUUUUUUUUGUUUUUGCGUCAUGGAAGCACUGCAUUUCACAGCUCCUUCUCUGACUCAGAGAUUGUUGUUUGGGUUGCGGUUGCCAUUUGCAUGGAAAUGGUCGACUUUUCAUAAUGCAUCUCGGGAAAUAAAAGACGAAUCUUUGUGGAAUCUGUGUGUUUUACGUUAAGUCAGUGUACUUUAACUCGCACGAUUUACAGUUUUUCCUCUGUUCCUCUGAUGCACUACUGGCAAAGGCAGUGAUCAAUACUUAAAAUGCAUUUUACGUGAGAAUGAUUUGUUUUUUAUAGUUCUUUUCACUUUUCACAAAACUUGUACACACAUAUGCAGAGGUACAUUUUUAAAAAAUGUAUUACCACUAUACAAUCACAUGUAGGGGGACGUAGUGGUUUGAUUGGAGAGUGAGUCUUUCAGCGUUGCAGUCAGGUCACGCUUGACCUUUGUUGAGAUCCAGUUUUUCCACAUAAAAGCUCAGAAACCUUGUUAAAAAUUAACAUUAAAUCUAUCACAUUUUAAAAUCCUGAAUGUAUGAACAUGUCUCCUGCUUGGCUGUGAAGUCUAUUUUUAAUGUACACGCACUGGAGACUUAAAAAGCUUCCGCAUAUAUAAAUAUACAGUAGUAUAGUAUAGUGGUGUGAAAACAACCCUAUAGUGUCGAACUCUGCACAUACUCUGAACUGUUUUAUCUGUUUUCAGUUUGUUUUUAUCAGUACUACCUAAGUGCAGGUGUAAAGCCAUGAUUUGAUGCCGUUUGGAGAAAGGAUUUUACAGUUCAGCUGUGGUUUUGUCGAUUGCAUGAAGAGUUUUGAGAUCUUUGGGAGCAUGUGCUGUUCUGCAAAUGGGAACACGUCACCUACGCUCAAAGCUGGACUUGUUUUUUUUCUAACAAUGGAGACAAUCUGUUGUACAGUGAGCCACAGAGACCAUCACACAAUCAAGUGUGAGAAAGAAAUUAUUCUUUUUUUAUUUUAUAAUACUGUUGGACAUGUUAAAAAUGUUCUUUCACUCAUUUGUACCUGCUAGAUGAGCCAAGAGUAUAAAAGUAUGACAUUAAAAAAAAAAAACAAAAAAGAAAAACAGCAGACACUGUUCGGA